AUGCGCUACGCUGCUGCUUAUCUACUUGCAGUUCUUGGUGGCAACGCAUCACCUCAGCUGGAAGACAUAAGGAAAAUUUUGGACAGUGUCGGAAUUCUGUGCAAUGAAGAUACUGCUAAAUUAGUUAUUGGUGCAUGUGAAGGAAAAGAUACUGAUAAGAUUAUUGAAAAUACUAUGAAAGAAUACGGUAUGACAUCAGGUCAAUCAACAGGAUCAGAACGAAUUGAAGAACCGGCAAGUGCUUCGGUUGUUCUAAUGACUCAAUUUUCAACUGGAAACGAGUCGGAUGAAACUGAUGAUGAUGAUCCAAAUGGCGACUCUGACUUCAUGAACCUGUUUGGUGAUUAA